GCGUCUUCAGUAUGUCGCCUCUGAAAGGGAACCUGCGGUGCCUGUACCUGAUCGUGUUCGCGUCGCAUCUUCUGAUUCAACAAUGCACGGCAUACUCUGUCAAGAAAAGCUGCACAACGCCAGAGGGCACAAAAUCAGAAGGCGAGGUCUGGUAUGACGACGCACGUUGUGUGAAGAUGACGUGUAUGCAGGGGUUUCCCGUUACAUCCAGCUGCGGUAAGCCGCAGCCAAGGGGCAAGAACUGCAGACCUAUUCCGGGCAAAGGGCGCUUCCCCGAAUGCUGCACAAAGCUGCUUUGUCAGACAGGAUUUUCACCCAGCAACAUGGCAUCCCUGACACAGCAAGCGAAGAAAGUACUGCUGCAGGCUGAUGGAGAACCUGCCAUGAAGCGUGCUGCACCCGAGCCCAUGAAGCAACUGGCCAGGAGUGCGCCUAGGAGUGCGCCGGGCAGUGGGCGAAGCUUUGGUCCUAGGUUUGCCAGUGAUGAAUUGAAAGGCAAUGCGGUGUCUAGAGGCCGCAACGGUGGGUCAGAAAGCUCAGGCGCUAGGUUUCCCAUUCGGGUAUUGGGAGGCGAUGCGGCACCGAGAGGCCGCAUCGGUGGGUCAGAGUCACGUGAGUCCGAUGACAUGAUGGAAUCGGUGCGCACGGUGGGUCUCGAGCCUAGUGACGCCGAAGAACAACAAGAAGCAUCGGAGGAUAUGGAAGAAAAAUAAAAAUGAAUGAGGUUUACAUCUAGCG